CGUUGCGCCCGCCCAGCGCGCCGAGGCCCCGCCAGCGCCCGUGCCCGUGACUUUACCCGCGGCCGCACCGCCAGUGGGUGGGACGGCGCUGAGGGCGGCAUGGCGGUGCCGCGGCCUUGCGCCGAAGGCCCCUGCUGCUCCCGCCCCAGCGCGGCUCUCGGCGUGCAGCAGACGCUGGACGAGAUGGACUUCGAGAGGGGAAUCUGGUCUGCAGCCCUGAACGGAGACCUGGGCCGAGUGAAGUAUUUAAUCCAGAAGGCAGCGGACCCCAGCCAGCCCGACUCCGCCGGCUACACGGCUCUGCACUACGCCAGCCGCAACGGGCACUAUGCCGUGUGCCAGUUCCUGCUGGAGAGCGGGGCCAAGUGUGAUGCCCAGACCCACGGGGGGGCCACCGCUCUGCACCGGGCCAGCUACUGUGGGCACACGGACAUCGCCCGGCUCCUGCUGUCGCACGGCUCCAAUCCCAGGCUGGUGGACGACGACGGCAUGACCAGUCUGCACAAGCUUCUACAUCACGCCCUCAGAGAGCCUUCCCAUUUCCUCAGGGGAGGACAGCUCACGCAUCUGGAUGCCCGGAAGCACCCUGUGCUUGACUUCUGACUCUUCUCCCCCUUGAAAUUCCCUGUGUGAGCGCCAUCGCACUGGAGGCAGCUGGGAUUGGUCCUGUUUCCUGCUGUGGCCUCAGCACUGAGCUCAGGUGCUAAGUGAGCAGCUGGGGGUUGUUUUGUUUUGAGACCCUUGCUGAUUAGAGAGGCAGGUUGCUCGUUUCUCAGUGGUCUAAACUGGUGUUGGCUUGAGUGUUUCACUGCCACAGCUCACAUGAUGGGUGUUGAUAGGCAGGACACUGCCGUGGACGGACCUAGCUGGUGUCACCCGCACUUGCGGCAUUCUCGUGAAAUUGGGGGAAUGCAUGUGUGUGAGGAAUAUGAAUCAGCCCUUCCUUCCAGCCUGCUUGCCUCCCUCCCUUGCUUCCUUCUGCAAACAUUGGCACUUUUUUUUGCCAAAAAUUAUUUGGAAUUCAUCUUACAACUGCUCACAACACACUAUUGCCUGAAUUGAAGCAGUACAAUUGAGAAUCCCAGGUCUGUACUCAUCAAGAUAAUAUUUAUGCUGAAUAAAGAUUUAGAUUCAAAUUUGAGA